AUGUCCACAACACCUUCGUUUUCACCGAGCAGGAUCUACCAAGCUACGCAGCCAAAAACAAGGAAAGGGCCGCUGCGCUUGCCCAGGGCAUUCCUGCGCACCUCCUGCGGAAACAGCAAAGGCAAACAGAACAGGCUGCCGAUCGAGGCAGAAAGGGCGCAGCCUAUUCCCGCCGGCCUAUUCCAAGUCGGUACCUCUAUGCCCUUGCCGAGCCAACUCAACCCUACUAACGAAGAUGCAGAGAAAACCAAGAUUGCGGGAAGAAUCAGGCAUGAGGUUGUCUGUACCCCGGUACGAAACGCCGAGGCCGACAGGUUCUUGUCCAUCCGGGCAGCGCGCUCCCAAAGGCCACACAAGAAGGUUACGGUGCUCCACGGCAUCCCACCUUCUGGGGAUACCACCAACCCCCACGAAUGGGACGACUUCCUUAAAACCAAAGAGAAGCCGACCAAGGCGAAGAAGAUGGAGAAUAAGGCGACGCGCUGGCCCGAGAACCAGCUCUUGGAUGCAAUUGCUAGGUGUUUCUCGGAGCACAAAUACUGGUCCAUUAAGGCCUUUCGCGGGAAGAUCCCGCAGCCCGAGGCCUAUCUGCGCGAGACUCUCGAAAAGGUGGCCGUCCUGCACCGGUCUGGCACCUUCGCCAACCAUUGGUCGCUCAAACCCGAGUACCAGGGCAUCCUCGCCUCGCUACCCAAACCGGCGGAUGACGCGGCAGUGCCAAAGGCCGAUGCCCCGUCUGAAGACGAGGAUGAGGAGGACAUCAAAAUGGAGGAUGUCUUGUAA